GUGACCCGCAGUGACCGAUCGGGUUGUGGCGGUCACCCGAUGGCAGUGAGGGCUUCUCCACAGCGCUUCUCUCGAGCUCCCGACAACGAAUACCCGCGAGAUCCGACCCCAGUGAGCAGGGUCCCGGGAUGGACUGUGCGCGCCGCCCUGGCGCUCAAACAGGUGCUGGCAGCUCUGGUGCUGUCACAGGCGAACGUGGUGUUCGGCGUCAUGGUGGCGUACGGCAGUCUGUUCGUCAGCAGCUCCGACACGGGCGAGUACCGUCACUGGCGGACGCAGGACGUCACCUGGGUGCUCUCGGCGCCGUCCGUCGGCAGCGCGGCCGGCUGUCUGCUGGCGGCGCCGCUGACGAACCGGUUCGGCGCAUUGUGGGUCAUCGUGGGCAGCAGCGCUCUCAGCCUGGCCUCCUGGGGCGCACUCUGUUUCGGUAACACCGUCACCGUGCUGGUGAUCGGACGCAUCUUCUCCGGAAUAUUUGUGGGUCUCAACAUCGGCAACAGCCGCCUCUACAUCGCCGAGGUGUGCUCUGAGCGCCUGCGCGGCGUGCUCUGCCACCUGCCAGCCGUCUCCAUCUCGGCCUCGUUCCUGGGCUGUCUGUGCCUGGCCGGCGUCGUGCCCUGGCACUGGGCGGUGCUCGGCUGCGGCUGCGUGCCCACCGUCAUCCACCUCACCGGCGCUCUGCUGCUGCCGCAGUCGGCCCGCUGGCUGCUGGCCUCUGGCGGCAGCAAGGCUGAAGCCGAGCGCUCCAUCGCCUUCUACCGCGGUCACGACCACGACAUCGCCGCGGAGGUGCGCGCUAUCGAGAAGGCGCUGGGCGGCGCGGCGCACGCGACAACCCUGGCACACCAGGCGCGCCGGCUGGCCACCGAGUGGGACUGCGCCAAACCGGUGCUGCUGCUCUGCGGACAGUUUGUGUUCGACGCCUUCUGCGGCGGCAUGAUCAUGACCCAGUUCGCGCCGAUGAUCUUCCGUCGCGCCGCGCCGCAGCUGGACCCCAACACGUGCACUAUCUACCUGGCAGCCGCGCAGCUGGCGGCGCUCUGCGCCAGCGGCCUGCUGGUGCGCCGCGUCGGCCGGCGCGUGGUGCUGAUGGCCGCUGGCGCCGGCGGCGCGGCCGGCUACGUCCUGGUGGCCGCCUCCCUGCUCAUCCCGUCGCUGGGCGCAUACAACUGGGUGCCUCUGGUGGGCGUGCUGGCGGCCAACGCGUGCGCCCAGGCGGGCAUCACGCCCGUCUCGUUCCUGUACCUCUCCGAGCUGAUCCCGGGCGGCGUGCGGCCGCUGCUGGGCAACUGUUUCACCAUCUACAUCAGCGCAAUGAACAUGGCGUCCGUGCACCUGUUCCCGCUCGCCACCGCGGCGCUGGGCACCCACGGCGUGUUCCUGGCCGUGGCCGGUCUGUGCGCCGCCCAGCUGCUCUACGCCCUGCUGCUGCUGCCGGAGACCAAGGAUCUGACGCUGGAGGAGGUGCACAACCGACACUUCUCCAGCCGGCGACGCUGGGGCCGCAAACCAGACACGGAGGCCCUACAGGAUAAGAGAAUGACAGAUUGUCUUAGCAUCUCUAGUGCCGACGAACUGGUGGCCUGAUAGCUCAACUAGUAGCCUGAGAGCUCCAACAAGGCUGUUGUCAAGUGGACCAGCACAGAGCAACACUUAUCUGUCAGAGAAGAAACUCAUAAAAUGGAGCUCAUGAACUAGUACAAGCCAGGUAACAAAUCACGAUCUGCAAGCCAUGCAAUCAAAACGCACCAAUCGACACUUAUUACGGUCUUCGGAAAUGCAGUGAAAUUAAUAUCGACAUACGCAUCCUUGUCAAACAAAGGAGAGGAACGACGAAAAAUAAAAGCUUAAGUCCAACAACGCAAUUGGUGCAGAACGUGUAACAAACAACGAGCGCCAUAACAUUUUAUACUGUGUGCAUUUGCAACAUGUAUAUCGUAAUCGGCUGUGCCGUCAUAUAUGUGCUUAACAAAUGUUCACUGCCUGGCAUCGAAUCUGAGAAAAUAUAAUCCAAUAGCUAAACGUGCAAA